UCGAACAGAAUACUUUCAACUUUGAGUUACCCCUGAGUUCUACUUCCGAACUAUACGUUCAUAUACGAACAGCGUGUUUUAGUCUACAAAGCAGUUACUAAUAAUAAACGUAAAGAGAAAUGUUACCAUCGAUGCGAGCCUACAAAAGGUGGAAGCCCAUUAAAACGGAGGGAACACGUCGAGCAGCCGACGGAAUGAAGCCCAGAGCGAUCAUCGACUUGACCGUGGAGAUUGACCCAGCCAUCAGGCAACUGGCCGAGCAGAACCGUCAUCUAUACAUGUGUCCUGUCUGUCUCGAACCGCUCAAGGACCCGGUGACCACCCAGUGUGGCCACAUCUUUUGCGAGGAGUGCCUGAUCUAUUUUCUGCAGCCCUUCAACAUCUGUCCCAUGUGCAAGAAAAAAUUUAUGAUGUUGAAGUUGACGGUCCUCUUCACUUGCGGACGGUAGAAGAACAAAUCGGAAUGAAAUAAACCUAACCAAAGCAUUUCUCUUGGAUGCAGUAUGAGCAUAAUAUUUUAGUUUAAU